CCGCUUACGCCGCAAGCUUGAGCCUCUCGCGCUCCCGUCCGGGCGCCGCUGGCCCGCGGUGCAGCAGCGAYCGCCACAGCGGCUCUUCCUCCGCCGCUGCCAUGUCCACCCUGGCCAAAGCCUCSGGCGCGCUCAAAUCCGUGGACUAUGAAGUGUUCGGGCGGGUGCAAGGUGUUUGUUUCAGGAUGUACACAGAACAGGAAGCCAAGAAAUUAGGAGUGGUUGGCUGGGUUAAAAAUACCAGCAAAGGAACCGUGACAGGCCAAGUUCAGGGCCCAGAAGAGAAAGUGAAUGCAAUGAAAUCCUGGCUGAGCAAAGUUGGAAGCCCAAGUUCUCGCAUCGAUAAAACAGAUUUUUCUAAUGAAAAGGARAUUUCCAAGCUUGACUUCUCAGAAUUCAACACUAGAUACUAGCAGGAAGGAACCUCACUAAGCAAAAAACUCUGACAUUUCUGCUGCAUGAUGUUUUCUGUGCCUCCAUCAAAUGUCACAAGAGCAUUUGGAUGCUUUCUGUCCUAGGGAUAAACAUUAAUGCUCCCUGUUCUCACCAAGUAAGAAUUCCUGGUUUCUGUGUUAGACAUCUUACACCAUGAAUGUCAACAUUWAGUAUCUAAAAUGCCAAUCUCUAAUUUAUUGCAGCAUUGAAAGACAGAUAAAAUCUUAGAUGUGCUUGUGGUUAUUUGUGCACAAUGAGAUUUGUUACAUACAGCCAGAUGGUACCUAAUCUUUACACUGUGAGUCAUGUUUUAGAUGCAAAAUAAUAAUACAUUUAAGUUCUACUGUUGGCAAAAAAAAAUAACUCUAGAACUGAGAACACUGAGAGUUCUAUGUAACAAUUCUGUUACAGACCAGGCUCUUUGUGAUUAUUAAUUAAGUUGUAGUGGUAAUUUAAAAUAAAUAUAUGUUGUGACAAACUGGGAUUGUAUAACCAGGUCUGAUUUCAAAUUCUCCAUAAUAUUUCAGAUAAAUCUUGUUCCACGGUGAUGAAACAUACGGCCUCUCACCCUGAUUUUUCUUUGUUUUCCUGUAACUUAUGUCUAUUCUGAUUAUAAAAGAUUUUUAAAUCUC